CCUUCAGCCAGGGCAGUUCAAGCGAUGUCAAAGCGGGGUAUUCCUGCAGUGCGGACGCCUGGCUUCCGGGGCCUUUUGGUGCCCCCCCCCCUCUGUCCCCAGUCUGAGGGGAGGGAAGGAGGGAGGGCUCGGUUUGGGAGCUCUGCCUUUAAGAGGCAGCCUGCAAGUGACGAGGAGGGAUGCACGGGGCCAUGGCAGGAUGGCAGCCGGCUAUAAAGGCAUUGUUCCACCUCCUCUCUCUCGCAUCUUCCCAGCUUGGCUCCGCUCGCUCUCCCGCCUCGGAAGACUGGGGAUAAAGCCCCGCCGACAAGGGAAGGAGAGCCCCCUGAAACGGAGGAAGAAGGGGCGAAGAGAGGGAGAAGGAGGAAGGCGGGAGGCUGCCUUUGAGCCCUUGCCUCAACAUCCUCCCUCCUCCUCCUCCUCCUCUUCCUCCGCUGCUGCUGCUGCUGCCGACAAGUGAGGAGGGCUCCUCGGUCCCUCUUUUGCGCUCCAAACUAAACGGUGCGGGUUGUUCUUCAGUCAUUUGUUGACUUGCCUCUGAGUCCCUUUUUCCCCUUAAAUGGCUUACGGCGACCCUCUGAUAAAUAAAGCAGGGAAGACGGAGAAGGAGGCGGAGAAGAGGUCCUCUCAGGGUGGCUGAAAGUGCAGAGAAGAGAAGAGAAGAGAAAGGGGGAGGCUGCAACCUCUGAGAAGCCAGAGGAAGAGGAAGAGUGGGCAAAGACAGACUGAGAGACCAGAGCGAGAGAAGUUCCCUGGGGGCCACUGCGGGCAACUCUAAGGCAGCCUUCCUCCUCGCGGCUCCCGCCAUGCUGCCCCGGUUUGUGCCGUUGCUCCUGCCGCUGGCUGCCAGCUUGCAAGCCGCCUCUUCCCCUUGGAGCCCUUCGGCACCUGCCCCGGCCUCCCCGCCUCCUCCUCCUCCUCCUCCUCCGUUGCUGCUUCUGCCUCCGGGCGCCGGGCUGGUGGAGAGCGUGGACCGGACCUACGCCGGCGGGGGCAAGGCGGGCUACCUGCUCUACGCCGCCGGGCAGCGCUUCCUCCUGGACCUGGAGGAGGACGAGCUCCUGGGCUCCACGGAGGAGGAGAUGGGGCGGGGGAGGAAGAGGAGGAAGGGGCGCUGCUACUACCGGGGGACGGUGGACGGCAGCCCCCAGUCCCUGGCCGUCUUCGACCUCUGCGGAGGCUUGGAGGGCUACUUCGCCGUCCAGCAGGCCCGUUACACGCUCCAGCCUUGGCGGAGGCCAGGGGAGGAGGAAGCGGAGGAAGGGGAAGAGGACAAGAUCUACGGCGACGGCUCUGCCCGGGUGCUGCACCUCUUCUCCAGGGAGCCCUUCAGCUUCCAGACGCUCCCUGCCCGGCCCAGCUGCGAGGCCCGCCAGGGAGCCUCCUCCUCCUCCUCCUCCUUGCCCCCGGGGCUGGCGGCGGGGCCGGGGACGGAGCUGGCCCCCAAGGCGGCGCUCUCGCCCGGCCUCUUCUCCCCGUCGCAGCCCAAGCGCUGGCGGAGGAGGCGGCGGCGGCGGAGGCGAAGGCGGCGGCGUCGUCGUCGGAGGCGCUCCCUCUCCCGGGCCCGGCAGGUGGAGCUGCUGCUGGUGGCCGACGCCUCCAUGGCCCGCAAGUACGGCCCGGGCCUCCAGCACUACCUCCUGACCCUGGCCGGCAUCGCCUCCCGCCUCUACGGCCACGCCAGCAUCGAGAACCCCAUCCGGCUGGCCGUGGUCAAGGUGGCGGUGCUGGAGGGCGAGCAGGAGAAGCAGGGCCCCGAGGUCAGCAAGAACGCCGCCGCCACCCUCAAGAACUUCUGCAAGUGGCAGCACCAGCACAACCAGCUCGACGACCAGCACCAGGAGCACUACGACGCCGCCAUCCUCUUCACCCGACAGGAUUUAUGUGGGCAUCAUUCAUGUGAUACUCUGGGAAUGGCUGACGUUGGAACCAUAUGCUCUCCUGAGCGCAGCUGUGCAGUGAUUGAAGAUGACGGCCUCCAUGCGGCUUUUACAGUGGCUCACGAAAUUGGACAUCUCCUUGGACUUUCCCAUGAUGAUUCCAAAUUUUGUGAAGAGAAUUUUGGUUCCAUGGAAGACAAGAGACUUAUGUCUUCCAUCUUAACAAGCAUUGAUGCUUCCAAACCAUGGUCCAAAUGCACUUCAGCAACAAUAACAGAAUUUCUGGAUGAUGGCCAUGGUAACUGUUUACUGGAUCAACCACGAAAGCAGAUCUUGGGCCCUGAGGAACUUCCAGGACAAACAUAUGAUGCCAUUCGUCAAUGCAAGCUGGCAUUUGGGUCUGAAUACACAGUGUGUCCUGGAAUGGACGUGUGCUCUCGUCUGUGGUGUGCGGUUGUUCGCCAAGGUCAGAUGGUGUGUUUGACCAAAAAACUCCCUGCUGUGGAGGGGACACCAUGUGGAAAAGGAAGGAUUUGCCUUCAGGGAAAAUGUGUUGACAAAACAAAGAAAAAAUAUUAUUCGGCUUCAAACCAUGGGAAUUGGGGGUCCUGGGGACCAUGGGGCCAGUGUUCCCGUACGUGUAGUGGUGGCGUUCAGUUUGCCUAUCGUCACUGCAAUAACCCAGCACCUAGAAAUAAUGGUCGGUAUUGCACUGGAAAGCGUGCCAUUUAUCGUUCCUGUAAUGUUAUGCCCUGCCCUGCCAAUGCUAAAGCUUUUCGGCAGGAACAAUGUGAAGCAAGAAAUGGCUACCAAUCAGAUGCAAAAGGUGUCAAAACAUUUGUAGAAUGGGUCCCCAAAUAUGCAGGAGUGCUCCCGGGAGAUGUUUGCAAACUCACUUGUCGAGCCAAAGGAACUGGCUACUAUGUAGUUUUCUCUCAAAAGGUAACUGAUGGAACAGAAUGUAGACCAUAUAGUAAUUCAGUCUGUGUCCGUGGCAAAUGUGUGAGAACAGGAUGUGAUGGCAUUAUAGGCUCAAAGCUCCAGUAUGAUAAAUGUGGAAUCUGUGGUGGAGACAACUCUAGCUGCACUAAAAUUAUGGGAACAUUCAAUAAAAAGAGUAAGGGCUACACAGAUAUUGUGAAAAUACCAGAAGGAGCAACCCACAUCAAAAUACGACAGUUCAAAGCUAAAGACCAGACUAGGUUCACAGCUUACUUGGCGCUGAAAAAAAGAAAUGGUGAGUACCUUGUCAAUGGGAAAUACAUGAUCUCAACCUCAGAAACCAUCAUUGACCUCAAUGGAACUGUCAUGAACUACAGUGGCUGGAGUCACAAAGAUGAUUCUCUGCAUGCGAUGGGACAUACAGGCACGAAGGAGAUCCUUAUAGUACAGAUUCUUGCCACUGAUCCAACAAAGCCAGUGGAUGUCCGUUAUAGUUUCUAUGUGCCAAAGAAACAAACCCAAAUAACAAACUCUGUCACCAGCAACAGCAGCAGCAGCAGCAACAAACUGGCACCUCUUCUCACACAACCCCAAUGGGUGACUGGACCAUGGCUUUCUUGUUCUCGAACAUGUGAUACAGGCUGGCAUACAAGAACUGUCCAAUGUAAAGAUGGGAAUGAGAAAUUAGCAAAAGGAUGUCCCCUGUCUCAAAGACCUUCAGCAUUCAAGCAGUGCUUGCUCAAAAAAUGUUAACCUGUGGUUAUAGGCUUCUUCAAAAGGAGUCUCAUUAAGUCAUAGUCAACACAUUGACAUAAGAUCUACCUGGGUGCAGACAAAAAAUGAACACUUCAAGAUACUUUCAUAUCGUCUGAAAUUAUGGGCAGAAUCUGCCUAUUUGGACCAAAUGAAGAUAUGCACUGCUUUGGGUUCUAGUGAGGUGAUCCUAAUAUGUCAAAUGCACUAAGCAUUAGUUGUUACAAGGCCCUUUGUAUCUGCAAUUAAGAAGAGGAUAAACCAGUGAAUGGGUGAUCAUGAGAUAUCUGAAGGUUACAGAACCAUCUCCCUUUUUUCACCUACCUCUAGCACAGUACAUCCUUAGACAACUUGUCAUACUUACCCAUGAUACCACAAUAGCUUAUUUUAUACUAUUUGUAAAUACUUUUACUUUGGUAUGUCACUUUAUAUCACUUGCUGUUCUUGUGAAAAAAUGACAGCUACUCUGUAUGACACAAGUGAUUGACCAAAGUGUGUCUGCAGCCAUUUUGGACUGCUUUACCUUUUAAAACAGAUGGCUGUGGAUAUUUUGCUAGAGAAUUAAGAGCUUGCUGCUUUAAAAAAAUACAUUUUUGACAACAGGAAAUACAUUUCCAUUCUAGGAAUUUCCUGACAACAAAGUUUUGUUCUAUCUGAAUGCCUUUCUAAUGAAAAAUGUCCGUAUAGGCACACCUCUGCAGUAAUAAAAGCAGCUGUUGGAAUGCCUCUUAAACACAAAGGGGAGGGGGGUACUUUUUCUGGAUUAAAAAUUUAUACUACAGGAACAAUGAAAAUUUCAAAAGGCACAACCCAGUUGUGUAGAGCUAGGGUCAGAACUGUGUGACCUUCCAGUUGAUGAUGGACUCCAGCUGCCAGGAUAUUUCACAACUGGUUGUGUUUGUUAAGGUUACUGGGGCUUGCAGUCCAAUCACACCUGGAGAGCUGAGUAAUUCUCACCCCUGGCACAGAACAGAGACAAAUAAAGAAGAAGACAAGGGGGAAGGAAUUCACUAUAUGGAAGCAGCAUGUACAACAGGAAUGGGAAACUGUCAGAGGCAGCUUUCCUUCAGGAAAAUUCAUCAGAGGACUAUGUAUAAAGAGCAGGCAGUCCAAACAGGCAGCUUCCUUCACUCUAUGUCCCUUUCUCCCCAUCCAGAACAGGCUGCCAGAGAUCUAACUUGAUUCCUGGUAAUGGGGGGUAAAAUCCAGGCCAAGGCCUGAAUAAGAUCCUUGGGGCCACAGGAUACAUGUCUCCAAUAGUGAGGAAGAAGAUAAUUCUGUAAGGCACCGAGUCAGGUCUGUGCCUGACAUCUUCUGACUCAGAUAUUCUGAAACUUGUUCAUAAUUGUUUUUCUGUUAGUUUCACUGUGGCUGCCAGAAAUAUAACAUGUAAUGAAUUUGUUAUCUACUGAAAAAGCUAUGAUGAAUUUCAAAAACACACCAUGUGUCUUGCAUAUAGCAAUACUUUGUACAAUUAUUUUAAUUUUGGGAUAUACCUUACCACUUAGAUUCCCCAAUCCAGAGAUCUACUUAUGAUCAGAUAUGAACAGAGGUUUCCUCUGUACAAAUUGCUUUAUUAUUUCUGUGAAGGAUGUGCUGUCUUUUGCACAUUAGGUCCUCCCUUCGAAUAGAAAGGGACAUUCUUUCAAUUGCACCUCAAAACUCAUAUGCCUACAAACAUUGGGGGAAUCCAUUCAGAUUAUUUGUUGUUGCUGUGGAUAUCUUAGUUUUAUUUUUAAAAAAACAAAAGGAGAAUUUUACUUUUGGACACAUUACAUAUUUUUAUAGAUGAAGAAUGCAGCCCUAUACCCACUUUCUUGGGAGAAAUCACUAUUUGAAUCAAGAGAAUUUACUUUUGAGUAGCCACAAACAGGACUGAGUAGACACUAAAGAGCCACAAGAAAUUCAAGUCACAUUUUGAUGUCACCACUCUAGCCAAUAUUAAAUAUUGCCUCAGAGCAGAGCAUAUUUUUUCCAAUCAUGGACAAAUAUUUUCCAUUUUAGAAAGUAACAUAAAUACUUCAUCUGAAGUCUAGCAAAAUAAAACUUUUGGAUCAUGUUUAUCUUUUAUGGAUGAAAGUAUUAAAUAUGGGGAUAUAAUAGAAAUGAAAAUAGAUUGCACCUCCGUUCUCAGUGCCUUCCAUAAAUGUUAUAAAUAUAGACAAUUCUAACUUUGUAAAUUUCCGUUAUAAUUUUUAUUGUUCAAUGGGAUCAGGCUUAUAGCCAGAGUAUCCAAAUUUAAUUUUCAUUAGAAUUUUGAUCUAAAACCUUUGCACAUGUAUGUUCGGCUCCAGAACCAGGUUCUGAUAUGAUCUGAAAUUGCGGUCAGGAUGCAUCAUCCUAUGCAUAACCUAGAUAUGAAGAAAAUAGUUCCAGUGUUAAACCACUCCAUUUAUAUAAGCCUGGUUGACUUGAGUGAGGAGAACCAUUGUGUAACACCCAGAGAAGGGGAUGGUUAGGUAGGGUGAACACUGCAACUCAGCAGUAAAAUUAUCACUUUACAGUUCCACUUCUGUUCUUAACUAGUUCUCUGACUUUGUAAAAGCCACUCGGCAAUGACUGGCACUUGUUCUUUCACAUCUCCAGAUUAUCACCAAUUAAACAAUGUAGGUGCCUUUAUUAGGAGCCCCAGUAUGGAGAUCUAACUAGUUGGUGUUUAUUUUUAAGCAUUUUUCUCCAAUGCUGUUCUAACUGUGUGCAAUUAUAUAUGAUUAAGUGUGGCAGAAUGUAGAUAGAAAUGCACAUUCAUUGAAUUUGGUUAAAGAGUAAUCCAUAUUUGUAUCAGGAGUGGUCAACUGUGGUGGGGCUGAGGGCUAAUUUCUCAACAUCAGUAGCCACUAUGGACCACAUCCAGUCCAGAGAUGCAGAUUUUUUUAAAGAAAUGGUCAACAUCAGUCCACUACUGGAACUCAUUUUUGGUUUACGGACCUUAGAUGGGGAUGGGGGAUCAAAAUUGGAUUAUCAAUGGAGUAAUUUGAGCAAAUGCUCCAGGCUUCUAAGUGGAUAGGGAGAUGCAAUACACUUCUUCAUGUAUGAUGUUGCUAAAGAGAGAAUGCUUCUGGAGAAACAGAAACUGUAGAUCUCCCCCUCCCUGGAAUAAUCACCAAGGCUUUAGUAUUUACUGUCUACUCUAGUGCUUUUUCUCAGAUGCAGGUGAGAGAAAAGGCAGUGAUGCUUUGGAGUCACUUACUAGGGUUCUGGCCAUAGCCACCCAGGUGUGGAAAAGGCAGGAUAUCCAUGAUUAUCUCCUUCAACAGAACUGAAAAUUGCUGGCUCUGACCCAAAGGGAGGCUCCUGUCUGCCCUGUAGUGCCACCAAACCCAAUCUGCUGUACCCCAGAUCAGGUCCUCCAAUGGGAGAAACUGCACAUAUGCAUAAAGGGACCCCAGAACGCCAGCUGUCUUAAUCCAAGUUUAGGCUCUGUAAUCUCCCCUAGGCAAAAACAACUGGUCCUAAAGGUAUCUCUUCUUUAUGUGUUUUUUUAAAAUAUGCCCAGAUGCUCUGUGGGGAACUGAGGGUCAGAAAAACCACCCUCUAGCCUUAUUCAGCCCACAAAGAUCUGGGCUGAUGUUUACGUUUUCAAUUCCUGAUUCAGAGAAAGAGAGAUUUACCUAUGGAUGAUAAUUUAUAUAGAAAGUUCUCUUCUAUAUUGCAGUACUAUCUGUGAUAUCUGCAUUGACAGUCUUUCUGUGAUCGUAGAGUUCAGAAAAAUAGUAGUUUAUUAACAUUCUUUGAGUCAUGCCCCAUUCCAGAUUUUGAAGCUUCCUGGAUUAAGAUUUUUGAGCUUCUCUCAUACCAUUAAAUCAAAAGAAAAAUUUCCUCAAGGAGAAUAAUCUCCCUGCUAAGGAAAGAUGUAGCCCCUUUUCCCCACUUUCUCUGCAAUUUCUCUCUGACAAAGAAGGUAGAGGUUGAAAGGUGGCAGCACAGAAGACAAAUCUCAAGCUGGUACCAAUCUUGAUAAUUUAUUCCGCCAAUAUAAUUUAAGACUUCAUUUUAUUCAGCAUCAUCUUCAAGUUUAGCUCUCUUUUUUGGUCACACACACACCCCAUUUACUUAAAUUCUUCAUAAAGAUAAUCUGGGAAGUGCUAGAAAUAUAUCAUGUAAUAUGAGUGAAUAACGUUUCUCAUACAUUGUUACUGCAGUAGUAGGAAGCUUUGGACUGAACAUAAUCCAUCUGUGUCCAAGAAAGGGAGAAUUCAAAGGAUUAAAGUUAAUAAACCAAGCAAAGAGGUGACACAGGGGUCUAAUUUAUAUGGCAUGGGGAAGUUAGACUUUGAUUUUUAAAAAGCAUGAAAAUAAUGUGAACUUCAGUUUCCUAGUUGUAGCAUGGCAGUCUGAUGGAUGUGACAUGUGGUAAUCAUGGUUAAUUUUGGCAAAAAACAAAAACAACUGAAAGAGGUCUUAUCUGAUUUGAUUUGUUUCCACACCAUGCUGUGUUACUACUUCUUUGUUAUACCUCCAGAUCUCCCACACUGCUUUGUGUGUCCAUUAAAAUGAAAAACUAGUGUCAAUUAUGUCACUUUAUACUUUCUCUGUUUGGCACUAGUUUGUUCCAAGCACUUGGGAUCUAUUCAAUGCCUAGUUAUUUUCUCUGAAAACUCCUAGCAACAUGAAUGUCUACUGAAAUCCCAACUAGUUUCAUGAUUCUGAGCAGCUCUGCAUUUGGUAGAGCCAUGCCAACUAGCCUCACUACUGAAUUGGCAAUAAAUUUCCAGAUUACCCUAGAAAAUAAACCUUAAUCUUCAACAACCCUCUGUGUUGCAGUGGUUUGGGUGUUGAAUUGAACUCAGGAAACCAGGAUUUGAAUCCCCAUUCAGCCAUGGAAACUCAGUAGGUGACCUUUGUCAACUUACACUCUCUCAGCCUCAAAGGAAGGCAAAUCUUGCCAAUAAAAAACAAUGACAGUUUUGCCUUAGAGUCACCAUAAGUGAGAAAUAACAUGAAGACACAUAACACACAUUAAGUAAUAGUAGUUUGAAGAUACUCCCUUUAAAAAAAACAUGUUUUGACAAAGCUAGAUGCAGCUGAAAUCCCAUAGAAACUGUUUAUUCCAUGAAAGGGAAGUUGGGAGAAGAUAUUGGUAACUGGUCACCAGUAUAAAAUUAAUAAUAGUAAUAUUUUUUUAAAAAUUACACACAAAAGUAAAAAAGCAAAUAGCACUGAAAAUAAAUAAUUUAUUGUUUUUACAAAUUGGUAUGUGAAUGAUGUAAUGGAUUUAUUUAUUCUUAUUUAAUGUGAAACACCAAUUGUGAAAAAAUUUCUAUAUUUAAAUUGUUUUGCUACCA